AUGAUUCAAGUGAAAUUGACGAAAUACUUCACCAAGAGGUCGGCACCCGCCCUUAAAGUGCUGGGAACCGCAAUCUCCCAUCACCAAUUAUAUGACAAUCUGCCACUGGAUGGGGAUCAGUUUCGUCUAGUCAAAUUGCAACCUGGCCAAUGGAAUGACAGAAUUGUAUGCUACUUGACAGUACAUAAGGUCGCCGGUCAGCUAGAGUUCGAAGCACUUUCCUAUACGUGGGGAAGUAAUGGCAGAUCCGAAGUCAUUACCGUUAAUGGCGCAUCUGUCAACAUUGGUGCGAGUCUGGAAACCGCACUGAGAUACAUCAGAUUACCCCACAAAUCACGCGUUUUGUGGAUAGAUGCGUUGUGUAUCAACCAAAAAGACGACAUAGAGAAAGGACACCAGGUUCAGAAGAUGUGUCAGGUGUACUCUUCAGCGACUACUGUGCUUGCUUGGCUAGGACCUCCUCAUUCAAAUGGUGAGCGGGCGUUGUCCGAUAUCAGAUAUAUCGAUGACAAAAUGUCCCCCGUCUUGAAUAAUAAUGAUGAAGCAUGGGAUGACCUCCAAAGCCGUCCUCUAUUUCAUAUCAAGAGACUUGGGUUGAACCUUGAGGCUAUUGAUUGGGACGCAAUAUGGGACUUGUGCAAUCGUUCCUUCUGGCGUCGUAUGUGGAUUUUACAGGAGUUGGCUCUGUCUGGCGACACCAUGGACGAUACAUCCAGCAACAGAUGCAUAGUUGGCUGUGGAUCAGAGUGGGUAUCAUUUUUGGCCUUGUCAAAUUUCUAUAUCGUAUUUGGCCUUUUGGGAGUCAGGACUGGUGAUAUGGUCGAAAGCAUGGCUAAACCAUUUGACUUGCUGUUGACAAAUGGAAACCCAGCUUUUCUUAUUAUGAAUCGCAUCCUCAUGUUUUUCCACACGAAAUACAAAAUAAACAGGGGAGCUCGAGGUUUGGAAAAUAUUAUGCGACUAUCGCGAAGCCUACAAGCAACAGAUCCUCGCGACAAGCUGUAUGGCUUGCUUGGAAUCGUCAGAGAUUAUCCAGUCGAAAUUGAUUACAAACGGGAUGUAACAGAAGUGUACAAGUCUUUUGUUAUAUCUUGGAUCGAAAGAAACGGUAACUUAAAUUGCAUCCUUGGCAACCGAGUAGCGUCCAACGACUUUAAACCAUCUUGGCUUCCAGAGCUUUCGAACCCGCUCAUCGACGGCAAGGUUUUCGAGCACUUGAUAUGGAUGUCAUACGACAAAGGAGAAUAUAAAAUGUCUCCCCAAAUAAGUUUUGUACGGGAAAAUAACAUCAUGAAAGCUCGAGGAAUUCUACUAGGUAGAAUAGACCGCGUUGUCGGUCCAUUCUGGAACGGCACUGAACCCAAGAUUCGAAUGGACCUUGUGGGUAAACUAAAUACGAAUACUGAAUACAAUUCAUUGCUGGAUUUGAUUGGUAGACUGUACCUCUCGCUACCCGAAAAUGUACAGGACGACGUUUGGAGAGCUUGCAUUAUGGACGCGCAUUCGGGUGACGGGACCGAUUUCAUGACUCCAGCACCGGACCAUUUUCGACAUCUAUGGCGCGUCUUCAUUUUUGACGAUAAGAUAGACGAAAGCUUCGAGCCCCAUCUAGAGCAAGAUGAACGACGUUUAAAAUAUUUAUUACCGUUUACUGAAAGCCUUGGUAUCUUUCUGGGUACUGACCGAUGCUUCUUCGUCACUGAGAACCUCCGUAUGGGACUAGGGCCGUGUUCAGUGCGAGCAGGUGAUGAAGCCGUUGUGUUGUUCGGGAGUCCGCUGCCUCUUGCUUUGCGUCCUGCUGAACAGGGUUACACGUUUGUUGGGGAUGCGUAUGUUCAAGGCGUUGAUCCGUUUAAUUUUCCGCCCACGGAAAAUGGAGAGCGUCUUCCCGUCCAGGACUUUAUGAUCCACUAG